AUGCGUCUGCCUGUCCUCUUCAGUCUGCUUUCGCUUGCUACUUGGGCAGCAUCUUCUCCAGCAGGAGGCGGUGCGGUCGAAGAACUAGGCGGUGCAGUUGAGCAAGCCGCCACGUCGGCAUCGCCCGCAGCAUGGCGACCCGAACUCGAGGACCUAUCCUCCAUCGUAUCGCCCGGUCGAGCAGCGUGGCGCGAGUACCUCGCAACACUCUCUACACAUCCCCCGCCGCCUCUCCGCUACGCCACGCGCGCGGAGCUGGCCGACAUCCAACACGCGCGGUUCGUCGAGCAUCCCUCGGUUGCUAAACUAGGCAUCGUUGGUCCCGGACACGCGUUUAUCGGUCAAACCCCCAAGGGAAGACUCGUGUUCAAGGCACCCGAUCUCCAUGGCAUCACAAUGUACGUGCCCGCCAAGGGACACAUCAUGGCGGACCAGCUCGUGGCAAGGAAAAAGGGCGGCUGGGUCGAGGUGAUCAAUUGGGGACCGGUAAACACUCACGGCUUCGCUCCGGAAGACUUGCACGACAUGGCCAUCAAGACCAACAGGGGCUAUCUGGUCAGAGACAAGGUGCCCAUGAACAGGAGUGAUGGCGCCCGCAUGCACGGUACCCCCUCGGUUUCUGGCGUGGGCUCGAUGCCACCGUAUCCUAGCAUGCAUCCAGCAGCUUUGUUGAAGAUUCCUCUGAGGCAGUGGGCGAAUGAAAGCUUUCAGCCAGACCCAGUGACAAGCUCGUCCUUCAUCUCGUGGCGAUCGGAUACAGCGGGAAAGCUUCUUGACUCGCCGUAUCGAUCGUCGAGCUCUCAUGUGUCGUAUCAAGUGUUGGCACGUGCAAGGCUGUACAGAUGCCCGACUUGUGGCUCGUCUUCUGGCUUCUUUGAGCACUGCAAGUGGCGUCGAAGCUGUCGCUUGCGUUUGACAUCUGCACCUCCUCGCUUGGAGGUGCGCAAAAGCAAGCAGGUGCACCAAACUCCUUCUCUCCUCGUCUUCGGCGGUCAGUCUGAGCAACCAGGAACAGCUGCGAGCCUCGUCUCGGCCCGCUGUAUCUCGUUCGGGUGGUCGCUCCUAGCGGGUCGAGGUCGAGAUCGAUCUCAUUCUCGUGUCUGUCGAGUCUGGAGUGAUGCUUCGAAAAUGCGUCUGAGCUUGCACCCCAUUCUCCGGCCUGACCACGUGCAGGCUGUCCUCGACCAAGCUAGAGGCGGCUUGGUGGUCGAGACCAGUGAAAUCGAAGCGGCCGCUCAUACCACCGCAAACGCUCGCUAA